AUGAUUGCUGCCCAUCAGAACAUGACAACUCCUCUGAGAUUAGGGGGUUCCAGCUCUUCACCUCACAACUGGAAAGGCAUUGGAAUCUCUCUGCUGGUGGUUGCCAUGCUGGCAUCUGUGAUCAUCUUGGCUAUUUUGAUGCUCACUCCAGAAGACCCUCCAUUUGGCUUCAGCACCCCACUGACUCUUGCUGACCUGGAAAGUGAUGAAUUCCAAACUCAUCACCCUCAGCUACAAUGGGAGACAGAUGAUGAGCUAGUGGUGCUAAGUGACACAGGGACCGUGAUGAAGUGGCACAUGCCUCAGAAGAACAGCACCUUGUUAGUGGAGGACAGAGAUUUGCGUUUCUUGAGAGCUGCGAGGUUCCAAGUAUCUCCAGACCUCCAGUUUCUGCUUUUGGCUUGUGAUGUACAGCCGGUUUUUCGCUACUCCUUCACUGCUCAGUAUCUGAUCUAUAACUUGGGGACCAGAGAAACCAGCAAUCUAGAUGUACCCAAGACAGACACCACACAAGUACAGUAUGCAGCCUGGGGAGCCCAGGGUAACCAGCUGGUGUUUAUCCUAGAAAAUGAUGUUUACUAUCAAGCUGAUGUCUCCAGCCAGGCCAAACGUAUCACCUCAUCUGGACACCAAGGAGUAAUUUUCAAUGGGAUCUCUGAUUGGCUGUAUGAAGAGGAGAUCCUGCUGGCAAGCAAUGCACACUGGUGGUCUCCUGAUGGUUUACAGCUAGCCUAUCUUACCAUCAACAAUUCCCUGGUGCCCAGAAUGGAGGUGCCCCAGUUUCUAGGAGGAAACUACCCAGCCAGCAGGCACUAUCCCUACCCAAAGGCUGGCCAACCCAUUCCAUCAGUUCAACUUUUUGUGGUGAAUCUGUCUGGGCCACUUGGCGUGAGGGAGUUGCUCCCUCCUAAAUCCUUCCAGGACAGAGAAUAUUACAUCACUAUGGUAAAAUGGGUGACACAAUCCCAGCUGGCUGUGCGGUGGUUAAACAGGCCACAGAACGUGUCUGUGUUGACCUUGUGCGAGACCACCACAGGGGCCUGCACUGAGAAAUACAAAGUGACCUCAGAUGCUUGGGUGGAUAUACAGCAGGGGCUGCCAGUCUUUUCUGAAGAUGCUGAAACUCUCUUUCUGCGUGUGCCAGUGAAGCAGGGGGCCCGAGGAGAAUUCCACCACAUCACCAUGCUUUCCACACAGCCCAGCCACAAGGAAAGCAGUGUGCGCCUCCUGACCUCUGGAGACUGGGAUGUCAUCAGGAUCCUGGCAUAUCAGGAACACAGCAAACAGCUGUACUUCCUAAGCGCUGAAAAUGGUCCCUCCACUAGACACUUGUACAGCAUGAACCUUGAUGACUCCUUCAGCCGCACCUGUGUGACCUGCGGCCUGCGACUGGGCUGCUCAUUUGUAGACAUCUCUUUCAGCCCUGGACUAGGACACUUUGUACUGUUCUGCAAAGGACCCGGGAUUCCUCAAGUGUCUGUUCACUGUACAGCUAACCCACAUGACUUUCUUCUUCUAGAAGAGAACCGACUCUUGCAAGAUAGCCUCAUGCACAAGGAGACACCCUUGGUAGAAUUCCGGACCCUCCGCUUGGCCAACUAUAACUUGUCUGUGCGUGUGUCCUUGCCACCUCCAAACCAGUGUGACUUAUGUCCAUUGCUACUGAUGCUCCCAGAAACUCCAGGCAGCCAGGAGGCCACAGAGGAAUUCCGUCUCGACUGGGACACUGCUCUCUCUAGCUCCUUGGGGGCUGUGGUGGUUCAGUUUGACGGCCGAGGCUCUGGGAACCAAGGCCUCAAACUCCUGCAUGAGCUCAACCGCCAACUGGGCUCCUUGGAUAUCAAGGACCAUGUCACUCUGAUGCAGCUGCUGCUGCAGCUUCCUUACGUGGAUCGCAGGCGCACAGCAGUCUAUGGAAAGGCAUAUGGGGGCUUUUUAGCACUUAAGCUCCUGGCAAUAGCAGAGGACCUUUUUAAAUGUGGAGCAGCUGUAGCGCCCAUCACUAGCUUUCACUUCCAUGCUGCCCCUUUCUCUGAACGCUACUUAGGGAUGCCAGCCCGUGAAGAUGCAGCCUACACGGUGGCCUCUGUACUGGAGGAAGCCAUCCGCUUGAAGGACAAGAACUUCCUGAUUGUGCACGGAACUGGAGACGCCACGGUGCAUUUCCAACAUACAGCUGAACUUCUUAUCCAGCUGUUGGCUGUGGAGUCUAACUACUCUACCCAGAUCUACCCAGAUGAAGGCCACAUCUUUUUGCAAACUACCCAGCAUCACCUCCGCCAGACCCUUUCUGCCUUCUUUCAAGACUGCUUCAAGGACUCAAAACAGGAACACCUGAUAGCCGAGGAAGACUAUGACUAAUGGUGCUUUUCACCUGAGGGAUGCCCAAUGCAACAGAAUGCAGUAUUGUGACGGGCCUUUGUAGCAUUCUGUACAUCCCAAAGAUCAGGGCCAUGUAUUUUUCAAUCUUACUAUGCAA